GAUCACUGGCAAGUUGCCUGGCUACUUGUCACCGUCUGCUGGCUUGAAAUUCGCUGAUGUCCCCAACGGCUUGGCAGCUAUCUCGAAGGAUGGCCUCACCGGAAGUGCGUGGGGCGAUUGGGCCAACUACACUGCGUCACCGUUGCGUGCUUUCGAGAAUGAGCUCGGGGCGCAGGCUCCGGUGGGAUUUUUUGAUCCAUUCGGUUUGACGAAGGAUGGUGAUGUGGAGGCCUUCAAGCGACGCCGUGCCACGGAGUUGAAGAACGGCCGUGUGGCAAUGCUUGCCACCAUGGGCUACAUCGUUCCGGAAUACUUCCGCUUCCCAGGAUACUGCUCCCCGUCUGCUGGUCUCAAGUUCACGGACAUCCCGAACGGCUUGGCGGCACUGAGCAAGGUCCCAGGGGCAGGCUGGACACAGAUCUUCCUCUUCCUGGGCCUCGUGGAAGCUUUGUUCCGAAGGGGUUAG